AGACCACUUGGGCGUUACUCUCUGUUUGCGUGUGUGUUUCAGGAGAAGUCAGAUUUUGCCCAAAACUCUGAACUUGGCGUCUCGACCGCUUCCAACUGGAGAGAGAGAGAGAGAGUGUGAUCCGGCAAAAUGACAGACGGCCUCCUCCUCCGAUAUCUUUUGUGAACUCAAAGAUUCGACCCACCAAAACAAAAACCACAACGACCACCAACAAUGUUUGUCUCCAUAUCACCACCCUCGCCAUCUCUCAACAUGCCAUUUCUAUUUCUCUCUGCCUACCAUUAACAUUAUUGCCUUACUCCACACAAUAUCGCUUCCGGUGAAGGCUUCACCCCACUUCUUCUCUAAUUCAUAUCAAUCAAUUUGUGUUUCUCAUUCACACUCACUCGCACACACACGCUGUAUAGGUAGAAAGAGAGAGAGAGAGAGAUUUCUUUAUUGAUUGUUUUGGUUAUUGGGUACUUUUGGAUUAUCAGGGUCUUUUGAUAAACUCAUGGCGUCGUCGUCGUCGUCGUCUGUAAUUUGUACAUGGUUGGUGGCGGCUUGCAUGUCUGUUACUGGUGAGAAAGACAAUACCAUGAUGAUGAACCCUUCGAUGUUUCAAUCUUCACCUUCGAAAAGAUUAACCAAAUUGACUCGUAGAAGAAUGGUCUUGCCUAAAUGCACUUCUACUAACACCCAAUUGCAAAGAGGUUUAAUUUCGUCAUUGUGUGGAUCGAGCUUACAGCAUCUGAUGAGUUCUUUGGAGCCCUGUCCUGAGUAUUAUAGUUCUAAAGGGAUUUUGACAUCAGACUUCUUUGGCCAGACAGGGUUGGGAUCGAUUCUAGGAUCGAAAAUUGUUCCGCUGGAUCGGAGGGGGAGGAAGAUCAAAAGAGUUGCCCAUUCUGGUGAAGCAAUGGCCGUCGCUGUGCAACCGGCCAUGGAAGUUGCUGUAAAAAAGAAACUUCCCACCAGGCAAAGGCGAGUGGUGGUCACAGGGAUGGGUGUGGAGACCCCAAUUGGUCAUGAUCCCGAGGUGUUUUACAAUAAUCUGCUUGAAGGUGUCAGUGGCAUAAGUGAGAUAGAGGCUUUUGAUUGUUCCCAGUAUCCAACGAGAAUUGCUGGGGAGAUCAAGUCUUUCUCAACAGAUGGAUGGGUUGCACCCAAACUUUCGAAGAGGAUGGACAACUUCAUGCUUUACAUGCUCACAGCUGGCAAAAAAGCAUUGGAAGAUGGUGGAAUUACGGAAGAUGUAAUGAAUGAAGUGGAUAAGACUAAAUGUGGGGUUUUGAUUGGCUCGGCUAUGGGUGGCAUGAAGGUUUUCAAUGAUGCAAUAGAAGCUCUAAGGAUCUCGUACAAGAAGAUGAAUCCCUUUUGUGUACCUUUUGCAACUACAAAUAUGGGUUCAGCCAUCCUCGCUAUGGACCUGGGAUGGAUGGGCCCAAACUAUUCGAUUUCUACUGCUUGUGCCACAAGCAACUUCUGUAUAUUGAAUGCAGCAAACCACAUCAUCAGAGGUGAAGCUGAUAUGAUGCUUUGUGGUGGCUCAGAUGCAGCAAUCAUACCUAUUGGAUUGGGAGGUUUUGUGGCAUGCAGAGCACUUUCUCAGAGAAACGUUGAUCCUACCAAAGCUUCAUGCCCUUGGGAUAUUAAUCGUGAUGGUUUUGUUAUGGGGGAAGGAGCUGGAGUUCUGCUAUUGGAGGACCUUGAGCAUGCUAAGAAAAGAGGUGCAAAUAUCUAUGCAGAAUUUCUGGGUGGAAGCUUCACUUGUGAUGCUUAUCACAUGACAGAGCCUCAUCCUGAAGGGACUGGUGUGAUUCUAUGCAUAGAAAAGGCCUUAGCUCAGUCUGGGGUAUCUAGGGAAGAGGUGAACUACAUUAAUGCACAUGCAACAUCAACACCAGCUGGGGACCUGAAGGAGUACCAAGCCCUCGUUCACUGUUUUGGCCAGAAUCCUGAGUUACGAGUGAACUCUACAAAAUCUAUGAUUGGCCACCUACUCGGAGCAGCCGGUGCUGUGGAAGCUGUUGCAACUGUACAGGCAAUAAGGACAGGGUGGAUUCAUCCAAAUAUCAAUCUUGAAAACCCAGAUGAAGGCGUGGACAUGAAUGUGGUAGUGGGCUCAAAGAAAGAAAGGCUGGACAUUAAGGUGGCAUUGUCCAAUUCGUUUGGGUUCGGUGGCCACAACUCGUCAAUCUUAUUUGCUCCCUACAAGUAGAUCUUGCAGGCUACUGGGAUCUGGCCAUACGUGAUGCAGAAGUGGUGGAUGGGCGGUGCUACAUCUUGCAGUUUCUAUGGGUAUCCUUCGUCCGGUUAGAUAUUCUGUUAUGCUGGAUGGGGUUGCAUGUGGCAAAGGAAUUGUAAAUUUGGUUUCACUGAUCUCUGAGAAAGACCGAACAGAUGGCGCUAUUAGAGCGGGGAAGGAAAAUAAUGGACUGUUUAUCCUACUCUUGUUACUGCCUUGUUAAUUUUGCUCUCUCCUCUCCCUCCCAUCUUCUCAAGAAUAGCUACAAUAUAACGGGUAUUCUAAACGACGAGCAUUUGGAACCACCAUCACAUCUCUCUGUUCCAUUGGCUGUUUUGAUGUAGAAGUAAAGAUGUUCUUUUUUGUAAUCUGUAAUAUUGAGAUUUGAAGUCUUUAAGCAUAAUUACUGUCUCUAGGCCAAGAGAAUCU